AUGGGUCCUCAGAUGAAGAUGCUCGCGGGGCCUCUGUCGGCCUGCACCCGGCCAACAUGCCUGUCGGGAUCGCUAGCUACCUUCUCACUGGCACGAUGCUUCUCUACCACAUCACCCGCCCUGGACUGGCUGACUCCAAAGUUUGCCGAGAAAUCGAAGUCCCCCAAGGGUCGCCCGCACGUCGCUACGGGCGGAUCGACUCGCGGAACAACAGUGGUGUGGGGAGACUUUGGGCUUCGCAUGAAGGACCACGACCGCCGGAUGCCGGCUUCGGCUCUCAAGAUUGCAGAGGAAACCAUCAAGAGGCGGCUACGUGGUAUGAACUACAAGUUGUACAAGCGCGUUAGCGCCAACGUUGGUGUCUACACCAAGGGUAAUGAGCAGCGUAUGGGUAAGGGUAAGGGUAAAUUCGACUACUGGACGGUUCGGUUGCCCGUUAGCCGAGUCGUUUUCGAGUUGAAGGGAGAUCUGCACGAAAAGGUUGCCCGGGAGGCAUUCAGAUUGGCUGGCCACAAGUUGCCGGGUCUCUGGGAAUUCGUCAAGAAGGAUGAUCCGCCCGUUGUUGGAAUCACCAAACUCGGUAAUGGUGUGACCCUCGAAUCCCUCAAACGCCCACGCAGAAACCCUCCCCUGGGAACCAACGACCUCGAGAACCCGCCCCAGACUACUUCCUCCAGCCCUACCUCCUCUCAAUAA